UGAACCCGCAGACUUAGAGGAACAUAAAUAUGAAUAUGAAUGAGGACCAUGAAUAUGAAUGUGUAAUUUGAUGAGUCGGUCAUAUAUUGAAUGGGCAUUUGUAUGGGGUACUGUAAAUAAAUUACACAUCCCGACUCAAGACCGACAUGUGCAACAAUCGUUCCUAUCGUGUGAGUGGAAACAUGGCAGCACCCACAGGGUCAAACUCAUCCACACAAAACCCCACAGGUAUGGAGGGUUUCCCAAUCCCUGUUACAGGCAGACCACCGGAUAAAGAGCAGACCAUCACCACAGAACCGAAAAAGAAGCCCUGUAGAGCGUGUUCAGAUUUUAAAUCAUGGAUGAAGACGCAGAAGAAACAGACGACUCUAGCCUCAUUGCAGACAUUCAAAUUUCUGGCCACCAUUAGCAGAAGAAAGAAAGUCAUACACAUCUGGGAUGCCAUGAGGGAGAGCAGGGAACCAGAGGAGACUGAAAAGCCAGUCGAAUGCCCUUUGGACAGAGAGGAACUGGGCAGGAGCUCAUGGUCUUUACUUCACACUAUGGCAGCCUACUAUCCAGAAACCCCAUCCACUUCUCAACAGCAGGAGAUGACACAAUUUAUCAACCUCUUCUCAAAGUUUUUCCCAUGUGAGGAAUGUGCAGAAGACUUAAGAUCAAGAUUGAAAGAAAAUCAACCAGAAGCUAGCAGCCGCCACAACCUCUCACAGUGGCUGUGUCGUCUCCAUAAUGGCAUCAACAUCCGGUUAGGCAAGCCAGAGUUUGACUGCAGCAGGGUGGAUGAGCGAUGGAGAGAUGGCUGGAAAGAUGGCUCUUGUGACUGACAGCCACCAACAUAAACCCAAGCAAAGUGCAGUCACAUGACCUUGCCUCUUGGCUUCUGUGGGCUUAUCAUACUUUGGUUGUCCAUCAAGAGUCAUACAUAAAUAUAUACAUGUUCAAUUAGCACUUAACCUCUGUUAUAAUUAAGAUAAUAAUUUAUGGAUUAACAAAUGUCUAUAUUGUGAUUUUAAUAGUACAUCUUUUUGCAAGUUUAUGGCAUCGUGGUCCAUGUUUCAGAGAAUGGAAAGCAUCUCUAGUGUACUUGAGUAACUUUGUUUUAUCUGCGCCGCUGCUGAAAAUAAAAUGAU